AUGGCUGAACGCAUGCGGUAUUACAGCACAGUACCACACAACACGUGGAGCGCUGUCGUACUUAACACAAAGUACUCAAAUGUACGGCUUAGUGGAGCUUUAUGGGAAUGGCUCAGCAUGUACAAGUGGCUGAGACUUAUGGGAGCACUUGCACAACGUGUUCCCCUUCCGUAUGCUUUGACAAUUAUCUAA